AAAAAAAAAGAAAUUAGUUUUAGGUCUAAAAUCUAAUCCACCAAUCAAUCCUAAGCAGUCAUGUGUACAACCCCUCCUCGAAUUGUGGGUCAUCAUCUUCCCUCUCUUCUUCCCUUUCUCUAAUUAGUGCUCCUCACGAUCUUCCUCUUCCCCCACACCUUUUCUUCUCUCAUUCAAUUUCUUUUUUUUUUUUUCUCCUUCUGAUUUUUAGUUCAUUUUUAACUCACAAUCCCCGGAUCACCACAUGACCGUUUCCUUUUUUCAAUUCCCAUUUCCUCUGUCUCCUAACAUUCCUUCCUCUGCUUAAUUUUCCUCAAACAAAAGGGAAAAAAAAAGGCAAACAAACAAAAAACUAACAAAAGAUAACAAUUACAAACCCAACCUCAUCUAUCUCCCUUCCUUCAUUAUAUCACUUCUUCCCUGUCUUUUCUUGAUUCAAGGGUCAUCAUCCUUCGUCCUUUUGUGGGUUUUCCUCCAAAUUUUCCUCUACUUUUUUAAAAAAUAAUUCUUGCCCCUUUAUCACAUUUUCUUGGAUUCGUUUUCUUCUCACUCAAAGAAACCAUUUUUAUCUAAUUGUUAAUCAGAAUUUAGCGGGGCUGAGAGAGCUUUUCUUUUGGUAGAAUUGUCGGAGCCAAGAUUGGCAAACAUUUUUUUUACGGGUUGUUGUGGUUGAUUAGAGGGGGGAGAAUUUGAAGGUUCUUUGGGUUUUUUGUUGGUUCUUUUUUUUUUUUUUGAAUGCGGUUGUGAUUGUUAAUGUCUUUGGCUGUUGGGGUUGUUUCGAGUUCCAAAGCAAGCAGCAGCAACAUGGGAUUUGAUGAUAAUAAUGAUGAGAAGAUGAAGGGUGCAGAUUCAGCAGCUGACCCUGAGAUUGAACAAGAAUCUGUUGAAAAGAUUAACAGGCAGAUGAGUGAGAGCUCUAUGUACACUACAGAAGAUGAGGAUGAUGAUGAGACUGAUGGGAAUAAUAUCCAAUUGGGUCCUCAGUUUACCCUCAAAGAACUCCAGGAGAAAGAUAAGGAUGAUGAGAGUUUGAGGAGGUGGAAGGAACAACUUCUUGGGAGUGUUGAUAUCAAUUCUGUUGGAGAAACUCUGGAUCCCGAAGUGAGGAUCUUGAGUCUCGCAAUCAAAUCUCCUGGAAGAGAAGAUAUCUUUCUUCCAAUCCCUGAGGAUGGAAAUCCCAAAGGACCAUGGUUUGUUUUGAAAGAAGGGUGCCGCUACAGUCUAAAGUUCACCUUCCAGGUCAACAAUAAUAUCGUAUCGGGCCUCAAAUACACCAACACAGUCUGGAAAACUGGUAUUAAAGUGGACGGCACAAAACAAAUGAUCGGGACCUUUAGUCCGCAGCUGGAGCCUUAUACGCAUGAAAUGCCAGAAGAGACAACCCCUUCGGGCAUGUUUGCCAGAGGAUCAUACUCAGCUCGAACGAAGGUGAAUAUCAACUACCUGCUAGCUAUUAUCUUGCCCUUACAUUUUCUUUGUUACGAUUGAGGAAAUAUGGUUACAUUAAUCUUGCUUACCUUAUAAGAUGACACAUCUCUACUUUCAAAAGCAAGUGUCCUCUGGUGCUUUUCAUGUGUUGUUGAGGUUGUUAGGGUAGCAUUUGUUACUCCAGAAUAUAAAGUAUAGCCUUCCAAUGAAUGACAUUCAUUGUUGAAUUGAUGAAAAUUUGUCACUUUGAUAAGCUGAGCACAUGGUGAAAUUACUCAUCUUAAACUACGGGACCAUCUUUUUGUCAUUUCUUUUUCCUUAUCUUUAGAUUUUAAUGCAUUAAAAAUAAGAUGUGGCAUUUACAUAGCUAUAUCCCUGAUCUGUCAUUUCAAUUGUGUGUCAAGUUAUUUUCACUUUGCCGAGAUUGGCUACAAAUGAUACUGGCAGCAAUUAUAUGUCAUACGAGACUCGUGCAUAUUCGUGUUCUCUUACAUGUUGCCUUUUUAAUUCUUUUUUUCCUUUUGAACAGUUUCUUGAUGACGAUAAUAAGUGCUACUUGGAGAUCAACUACACAUUUGAAAUCAAGAAAGAAUGGCAAGCAAUCAAAGAUUGAGAGGAACACUUUCAUUUUUCGCCAAAAUAUAUAGUUUCAUUGCUUCAUAAAAUAGCUCUUGGUUUUGGUUAUAGACUUAGUUAAAGCCAGUCUUGCUUCAAGGUUUCUGAAGGAGGAGAGGAAGAGAAAAGGACAAGAAAUGGAAGAGAAAAAUGGAAAGCAAGAAAUGGAUUUCUAAUCCAUGAUUUGUUUGAUUGAUUAUCCAGGGGUGUUAGCUGCUAGCUUCUUGUGUUUACUGUUAUUAUUUGCUCAUUUUUCUUGGCACAAGUGUAAGGUUAUUGUUUUUCCGAAAGUGUUAAUUCACAAUAAACUUGAGCUUGUCCUGUUACACACAAUCUUUUCUCACUUGCCAGUUCAAUCCCCUGCUAGUAUAUUUUCUCUUCCUUGUUUCCUUUGCACUGAAUAAUUCGCAACAAUUCUUG